GGUGCGUGGCGUGCGUCGCGCAAACUGCGUCUCCGUUCGCGCUCGCUCCGUUCUUGUCGCUCCGUUCUUGUCGGUGUCUCAUUCGUGUUUGUGUAAAGUCAGUAAAGUGUCACGUUUCCUGCCAUUGUGUUGCAGUUCGGGGAUGGCUGAGAAUAUUUUUCUUUUCGUUCCGAACAUCAUCGGGUAUGGCCGCAUCGUGUUGGCCAUUGUGUCAUUUUACUUCAUGCCUACAAACUGUCUCGCUGCAUCAAUCUGCUAUGGACUCAGUGCGUUCCUGGAUUGUAUUGACGGCCACGCAGCGAGAAUGUUCAACCAAAGUACCAAGUUUGGUGCCAUGCUUGACCAGCUCACAGACCGUUGCGGUACCAUGUGCCUGCUUGUGGUUCUGGCACAGUUCUACCCAAGUUACACCUUCUGGUUCCAACUGAGCAUGGCCAUUGACAUCGCCAGCCACUGGCUGCAUCUGCACACGUCCCUUCUUUCUGGCAAGGAUAAUCACAAGAACCUGGAUUCUAAUGACAAUCCGAUCAUGAAACUGUACUACACCAACAAGCCAAUCUUGUUCACGAUGUGUGUGGGAAAUGAGGCAUUCUAUGGUGGUCUCUACUUGCUCCACUUCACUGAAGGUCCCCUUGUGCUUGGACUGGGCCUCUUCAGAGCCAUGACACUCAUCAGUGCUCCAAUAGCCGUCGCUAAGUCAUUUGUAAGCCUUCUCCAGAUGCAGAUUGCAGCUGUGAACCUGGGUGCCAUAGAUGUCAGUGAGCGUAGUAGACGAACCGAGUGAGCUGCUUAAGCAUUUGGUACCACCAUUGUGAAAUUAUGUUCUAGUGAUCACAUUGCCAAAAGAAAAGCACGUACAUUAUGUGUAUUUGCCCUAUCUUGCCAUGUUUUGGUCUUGUGUUUAAGAAUUCCUUAAACAUCUUGGAAACACAGGCAUAUUGUUCCUGUAGACAUGCCUGCAGCCCCAUUACUUUACUUUUUUCUUCAAGAAUUCACCGUGUUCAGCAUUUACUCACUGGCCGAGUCAGACAGGUUUUUGUGUAUAUGUAUUAUUGUUAAGUACGAUCAUCACCCUAAAGUCUCAUCGUUUUCUAAUGAUUUGUGUAUCUGAGGGUCAUGCGUCAUUAGGCUUUCAACAGCCUAAUUCGACCAAUAAACGCUAUAGACCCUACCAGGUGUCAUAACACUUAAGUUGUUCAAUGAUGUGAAAUGUUAACCAUCAGCUUGUUAAGCACUCUUUUUAACUUUGUAGUAGGUCAUUCAUAGUCAUUCAAGAGUGCAUUUGUGAAAUUUAUGCAGUAUUAGAUUCAAUAGAAAGCUUUUGUGACUUGCAACUUGUAGCAUGGAUAAUGUAUUUACUCUUACAACAAAUGUAUUCAUACUACAAAUGGAUUCACAUGAUGAAU